AUGCUCACGGACGGCACCGCCGCCGCUGCCGCCGACGAGGAGAUCGACUCGGUCGCGCCCCGCGCGCCGCCCGCCGCUGCCGAGGCGCCCGCCGCGGCCGGGCCCUCCCCGCUGGGCCUGCGGGCCGUGCGCCUCUUCGGAGAGGCCGGGCCCGGCGGGCCGGGAGGCCCCGGCGCGCCCGCGGCCGGUGAGGCCGCCCUCGACUUCAAGCUGGCGGCCGCCGUGCUGCGGAGCGGGGGCGGCGGCGGCUCCGGCAGCGACGAGGACGAGGUGUCCGAGGUCGAAUCAUUUAUUUUGGACCAAGAAGAUCUUGAUAACCCAGUACUUAAAACCACAUCGGAGUUAUUCUUAUCGAGUGCUGCAGAAGGUGCGGACUUGAGAACUGUGGAUCCAGAAACACAAGCAAGACUAGAAGCCUUACUGGAGGCAGCAGGAAUUGGUAAAUUGUCCACUGCCGAUGGCAAAGCCUUCGCAGAUCCCGAGGUUCUCCGGAGACUGACGUCGUCUGUCAGCUGCGCGCUGGACGAGGCGGCCGCCGCGCUGACGCGCAUGAGAGCCGAGAACAAUCACAACAACGGACAGGUGGACAAUCGCAGUUUGGCAGAAGCAUGCUCCGAUGGGGAUGUAAAUGCUGUCCGGAAGCUGCUGGAUGAAGGACGGAGUGUAAAUGAACACACUGAAGAAGGGGAGAGUUUGCUUUGCUUGGCCUGCUCAGCAGGAUAUUAUGAAUUGGCACAAGUGCUUCUAGCCAUGCAUGCCAACGUUGAAGAUCGAGGGAAUAAAGGCGACAUCACUCCCUUGAUGGCAGCUGCCAGCGGAGGCUACGUGGAUAUUGUUAAACUCCUCCUUGUCCAUUGUGCAGAUGUCAAUGCACAAUCCUCCACAGGGAACACAGCUCUCACGUACGCCUGUGCCGGGGGCUUUGUGGACGUGGUGAAGGUGCUACUGAAAGCUGGUGCUAACAUAGAAGACCACAAUGAGAACGGACAUACCCCCCUGAUGGAAGCAGCCAGUGCAGGGCAUGUCGAGGUUGCAAGAGUAUUGCUGGAAUAUGGUGCAGGAAUCAACACUCACUCCAACGAGUUCAAAGAAAGUGCACUUACACUUGCAUGCUAUAAAGGCCAUUUAGAUAUGGUUCGUUUUUUGCUUGAAGCUGGAGCUGAUCAAGAACACAAAACAGAUGAGAUGCACACGGCGCUGAUGGAGGCCUGCAUGGAUGGCCACGUGGAGGUGGCACGGCUGCUGUUGGACAGCGGUGCCCAGGUGAACAUGCCCGCGGAUUCCUUCGAAUCCCCGCUCACUCUGGCUGCUUGUGGCGGGCACGUGGAGCUGGCAGCACUUCUGAUCGAACGAGGAGCCAACCUGGAGGAGGUUAAUGAUGAGGGUUACACACCUCUGAUGGAAGCUGCCCGGGAAGGCCACGAAGAGAUGGUGGCCUUGCUGCUGGCACAAGGGGCAAAUAUUAACGCACAGACAGAAGAAACGCAGGAAACAGCCCUGACCCUGGCGUGCUGUGGAGGCUUCUCCGAAGUCGCCGACUUCCUUAUUAAGGCAGGAGCUGAUAUAGAGCUUGGUUGCUCAACACCUUUGAUGGAAGCUGCUCAAGAGGGUCAUCUUGAACUGGUGAAAUACUUGCUGGCAGCAGGAGCUAAUGUUCAUGCCACUACAGCAACGGGAGAUACAGCUUUGACCUACGCCUGUGAAAAUGGACACACAGAUGUGGCAGAUGUGUUGCUUCAGGCUGGUGCUGAUCUGGAGCAUGAAUCUGAAGGUGGGAGAACCCCACUAAUGAAGGCUGCACGAGCUGGUCACUUAUGCACUGUGCAAUUCCUUAUUAGCAAAGGUGCCAAUGUGAACAGGGCUACAGCCAACAAUGAUCACACAGUGGUGUCCCUGGCCUGUGCUGGAGGUCACCUGGCCGUGGUUGAGCUUCUCCUGGCUCACGGGGCAGAUCCUACUCAUCGGCUCAAGGAUGGCUCAACGAUGCUCAUUGAAGCUGCCAAGGGAGGACACACAAAUGUUGUUUCUUACUUGCUGGAUUACCCAAACAAUGUUCUGUCGGUUCCUGCAGCAGACUUGUCCCAGCUCACACCUCCAUCUCAGGAUCAGUCUCAGGUUCCCCGUGUCCCGGUGCAUACGCUCGCUAUGGUUGUACCUCCCCAGGAGCCUGACAGGACCCCUCAAGAGAACUCCCCACCUCUCUUGGGAGUGGUGAAAGGUGCAUCCAAGCAGAAGUCAAGUUCCCUGCAGGUAGCAGAUAAGGACCUACUGCCACCUUUUCACCCAUACCAGCCUUUGGAAUGCAUAGUAGAAGAGACUGAAGGCAAGCUGAAUGAACUUGGACAGAGAAUUAGUGCUAUUGAAAAAGCACAACUUAAAUCAUUGGAAUUAAUUCAAGGUGAACCUUUAAAUAAAGAUAAGAUUGAAGAACUUAAAAAGAACAGAGAAGAACAAGUACAGAAGAAGAAGAAAAUAUUGAAGGAGCUGCAGAAGGUGGAAAGGCAGUUGCAGAUGAAAACCCAACAGCAGUUUACCAAAGAAUAUUUGGAGACCAAAGGUCAGACAGACACACCACCUACCCUGCAGCAGCAGUGCUCACUUACAGGGGUCUUCCCAGAAGUGGAAGCCGAUAAGGGUCUGCCAGAGGAUAACUUUUCAGGGUUACCUCAGGUUGACACAAUCUUGUCUAAAGAUGAUGAGCAACACCAGUCUCCAGCACCUGCUGAACAAAUAGAGUUUGUCCCUAUCCAGCCUUUGCCAGCACCGCAAUGUAAUUUUUCUGGUAACUUAGGUUAUAAUGGGACAGAGUCUCUUGAACUUCAGAAAGCAUUAGGGAAUCAGCAGAAUGUAGGACAGCAGCAGCAAAUUGCUGGGCAGGGGCUCUUAGUUCAAGAACCAGACGGAUUAAUGGUUGCCACUCCAGCACAGACGCUUACCGACACUCUUGAUGACCUAAUAGCAGCUGUGAAUAGCAGAGUGCCCAGCGGCUCCGCCAGCUCCUCGCACACUACCGAGUCCCCAACGCCCGAGCCCUGCCCGCAGGCAGCCAGCAAUGUGCCCCCACAAUCCGUGCUCCCCAUGUAUCCAUCAGUGGACAUCGAUGCACAUACUGAAAGUAAUCACGACACUGCGCUGACCCUGGCGUGUGCGGGAGGGCACGAGGAGCUUGUGUCUGUGCUGAUCGCCCGUGGUGCCAAUAUUGAACACAGAGACAAGAAGGGUUUUACACCUUUGAUUCUGGCUGCAACUGCUGGACAUGUUGGUGUUGUGGAAAUUCUUCUGGACAAAGGUGGGGAUAUAGAAGCACAGUCGGAGCGCACAAAGGACACUCCGCUUUCCUUGGCAUGCUCCGGUGGACGCCAGGAGGUUGUUGAUUUGCUGUUGGCCCGGGGAGCAAAUAAAGAACACAGGAAUGUGUCUGAUUACACGCCGUUAAGCCUUGCUGCAUCUGGUGGCUAUGUUAAUAUCAUCAAGAUUCUUCUCAAUGCUGGGGCAGAAAUUAAUUCCAGGACUGGCAGUAAGCUGGGGAUUUCUCCUCUGAUGUUGGCUGCUAUGAAUGGCCACGUCCCUGCCGUGAAGCUGCUGCUUGAUAUGGGCUCUGAUAUUAACGCCCAAAUCGAGACCAACCGCAACACAGCCCUCACCCUGGCCUGCUUCCAGGGCCGGGCAGAGGUGGUCAGUCUGCUUUUGGACAGGAAGGCCAAUGUCGAGCACAGGGCAAAGACUGGUCUCACACCUCUGAUGGAAGCAGCUUCGGGAGGCUAUGCAGAAGUUGGAAGGGUUCUCCUUGAUAAAGGAGCAGAUGUGAAUGCCCCACCCGUGCCUUCCUCAAGAGAUACGGCUUUAACAAUUGCAGCAGAUAAGGGUCACUACAAGUUCUGCGAGCUCCUCAUUAAUCGAGGGGCACACAUUGAUGUCCGCAACAAGAAAGGAAACACCCCGCUGUGGCUGGCAGCAAACGGUGGGCACUACGACGUGGUCCAGCUGCUUGUGCAGGCAGGGGCAGACGUGGAUGCUGCAGAUAACCGCAAAAUUACCCCACUCAUGUCAGCAUUCCGCAAGGGGCAUGUGAAAGUAGUUCAGUUCCUGGUGAAAGAAGUUAACCAGUUUCCUUCAGACAUUGAGUGCAUGCGCUACAUAGCGACCAUCACAGACAAGGACCUGUUGAAAAAGUGUCACCAGUGUGUGGAGACAAUUGUGAAAGCUAAAGACCAGCAGGCUGCAGAAGCCAAUAAAAAUGCAACUAUACUGCUGAAGGAGCUAGACCUGGAAAAAUCAAGAGAGGAGAGCAGAAAACAAGCUCUUGCAGCCAAAAGGGAGAAAAGAAAGGAAAAGCGAAAGAAGAAGAAAGAGGAACAAAAAAGAAAACAAGAAGAAGAUGAAGAAAACAAGCCUAAGGAAACUUUGGAACUGCAAGAAGAUGACGAUGAAGAAGAAAAUGAUGAUGAAGUGGAGCAAGAAGUUCCUAUAGAGCCUCCAAGUGCAACUACUACAACUACAAUUGGAAUUUCUGCAACUUCAACUACCUUCACAAAUGCCUUUGGGAAGAAGAGAGCUAAUGUGGUGACUACCCCCAGCACAAAUAGAAAAAAUAAGAAAAAUAAAACAAAAGAGACUCCUCAGAAUAUGCAGAUAAUUUUGCCAGAUCAGCAUAUAUCUCUAGCACAGCAAAAAGCAGAUAAAAAUAAAAUAAAUGGAGAGCCAAGAGGUGGUGGUGCGAGUGGGAACAGCGAUUCAGAUAACUUGGAUAGCACAGAUUGCAAUAGUGAAAGCAGCAGUGGAGGGAAGAGCCAAGAGCUGAACUUCACAAUGGAUACAAACUCCUCGGAGCGGCGCUACGCCUCACUGCUCAUCCCCUCUCAGGAAGAAAAAAACAGCACCUCGGCUUCCAAAACACCAACAAGGAGGGAAGAAGUUGAUGACUCUGAGCAUUUCACCUGCCAGGUUGAUGGCCAGUUUGAUAUAACCUUGUCGAGCCAGAGACUUGAUGGUGAAGGUCAUUCGAAUUCUUUGUCGACUACUUAUAAGGCUGUUUCCCUGCCUCUGACCUCUCCAAACGUAAAGCUGAAUCUGACCAGUCCAAAAAGAGGCCAGAAAAGAGAAGAAGGCUGGAAAGAAGUGGUUAGAAGGCAAGUGGGCAGAGUUUUGAAAGACCCUCCCCCCAGCAACACUCUGCAGCCAACACCAAUUGAGCAAUUUCAGCUGCAGAGAGGAGGGCGCUGCUGUUCUGGAGCAAAAAGGUCAAAGAAAUUAUCAGUCCCAGCUUCUGUCGUAUCUAGAAUAAUGGGAAGAGGUGGGUGCAACAUCACAGCAAUUCAAGAUGUCACUGGUGCCCACAUUGAUGUGGAUAAGCAAAAAGAUAAGAAUGGAGAGAGAAUGAUCACUAUAAGGGGUGGUACAGAGUCCACGCGAUACGCAGUGCAACUCAUCAAUGCCCUUAUUCAAGAUCCUGCCAAGGAACUGGAAGACUUGAUUCCUAAAACUCAUAUAAGAACACCUGCUUCGAGUACCAAAUCAAUCCACACAAACUUUUCAUCUGGAGUCAGCACUGCGACUGCUUCCAACAAGAACUCCUUUCCUCUCGGAGCGCCGCCCCUGGUCACGUCGCAGUCAUCAACACUAUCUACUUUCCAGCCUCCUAACAAAUUGAACAAGAAUGUCCCAGCAAACGUGCGCUCAUCUUUUCCGGUGUCUCUUCCUCUCGCUUAUUCUCACCCUCAUUUUGCCUUGCUGGCUGCCCAAACUAUGCAACAGAUCCGGCACCCUCGCUUACCUAUGGCCCAGUUUGGAGGAACCUUUUCACCUUCACCGAACACUUGGGGACCAUUCCCAGUGAGACCAGUUAACCCUGGCAGCACGAACAGCUCUCCAAAGCAUAAUAGCUCGAGCCGUGUAGGUAGCCAGAAUGGAAACGUUCUGCAGACGGAGUCUCCUGGCUUGGCUACGUCCAGUUGUCCCGUUACCGCCUCGUCUGUAGCUGCUUCCACCCAGCCUCUGGGUGUGACCAGUAACCGGACUCCCUCCUCGGUCAGGAAGCAGCUCUUCGCCUGCGUCCCCAAGACGAGCGCUGCAGCAACAGCCAUCUCAACUGUGACGAGCACCUGUAGCACUCUGCCCUCAGCUUCCUCUGCCCCCCCAAACAACGGGCAAGUGCCCACGGCGUUUCUGCCAUCUACUGCUCCGCAAGCGCAGCAUUCUGCCCUGAAAGCAGACUCGUUCUCGGCUGGCUCCGCCCCCAAGGAGAAGGUGGCGACCCCCGAGCAGCCUCCCACAAGCGCGUGCCCACCAGCUUCAGCCGCGAGCAGUUGCAGUGUGUCAGCCAGCAGCAGCUCAGGGGGCACCGAAACACGCCCGGCGAGCAGCCCUGCACCGCUCAGCGGCGCCCAAGAUGAGAUACUGCCAACCAGCAUGUCUGAGAUCAGCCCUUCCAUGUCGAUGCCUUUUUCAUCCAGCUCAGAAUCUGCUCCUUUAAGCUUAGCGUCGCCCAGGUCAGUUGUUGCAGAUAAUCAGGACAACAGUAACUUACCUCAAGUAGCUGUACCAGCACCUCGAGUUACUCACAGGAUGCAGUCCAGAGGUUCUUUCUAUUCAGUGGUACCAAAUGCAAACCUCCAUCAAGAUCCUCAGUCUAUUUUUGUUACGAAUCAAGUUCCUUUAACACCUUCUCAAGGUCCACCUGCUGCAGUGCAGCUUUCGUCAGCCAUGAACGUUAUGAACGGUUCUCAGAUGCACAUUAACCCAGCAAACAAAUCAUUGCCUCCUGCCUUUGGGCCAGCAACGCUCUUCAAUCACUUUAGUAGUCUUUUUGAUAGCAACCAGGUGCCAGCUAACCAAGCAUGGGGAGACUGUCCACUCUCUACCCGAGCAGCAGCUGACCCAUCUUUCACUGUUCAGUCUACCUUUCUGAAUAACUCUGUGCUAGGACAUGUGGAAAACGUCCAUCCCGACAACUCCAAGGCUCCUGGUUUCAGGCCACCUUCCCAACGGGUUUCAACUAGUCCUGUAGGCUUACCCUCUCUAGAUCCAUCCAACAGCUCUACAACUUCUUCUUCAGGUCCUUUGACAGGCUUUUCAGCAAACAUACAAGGAGCACGGGUUUACCUUCAAGGGCCAGCGCCUGUUGGGACUCCCAGCUUUAACAGACAGCAUUUUUCACCACAUCCUUGGACAAGCGCAACAAAUUCAUGUGAAUCUCCUAUUCCAUCAGUUUCCUCAGGAUCAUCUUCACCCCUCUCAGCUGCUUCUGCACCUGCUAACUUGGGCCAGCCAAAAACGGGUAACGCCAACCAGGAUCGGAAGGUGCCCCCUCCCAUCGGGACAGAGAGGCUCGCCAGGAUCCGGCAGGGAGGCUCCGUCACUCCCACGCCCUUGGGAACCAACUUCACUGCCCCCGUGGGCCACAGCGGCAUCUGGUCCUUCGGGGUCAACAGCGUGUCUGAAGGUUUGUCCGGUUGGUCUCAGCCUGUCAUGGGAAGUCAUCCAAUGCAUCAGCAGCUGUCAGACCCAGGCACGUUUUCUCAGCAUCAGCCAAUGGAGAGAGAUGAUUCUGGAAUAGUGGCUCCCUCGAAUAUUUUCCACCAACCUAUGCCAAAUAGUUUCGUGGAUUUUUCUAAAGGCCUGCCCAUCUCCAUGUACGGCGGCACUCUGAUACCCUCGCACCCCCAGCUGGCAGAUGGCCCAGGAGGGCCCCUCUUUAACGGGCUCCAUACUCCAGAUCCUGCCUGGAAUCCCAUGAUCAAAGUUGUCCAGAACUCAACAGAAUGUACUGACGCUCAGCAGAUUUGGCCUGGCACCUGGGCACCUCACAUUGGAAACAUGCAUCUCAAGUACCCGCAUCAUCUGCGACCGCAAGUUCCUGCUGGAGUGCAAGAAUUCACCCGCGGCCAGGACCCCUCCCUGCUGCCUGCCCCAGACCCCCGGUGUCACAUCCCUGGCCCAGUCCAGCCUCGUCAAGCUGGAGGAGCUCAAGGAGCGGAAUGAGAGCGAAGAGGCCAUGCCAGAUCAAGACCAGUUUGAGAUGGACAUCUGAGUUUCCAUCUCCUCGUCUCCAGGCCAUGGCUGGGCCUGUUCCUGGGCCUCGUGGAGGUGCUGGCACUGUGACCAGCUGGCUGCAGCCCUCUCUGAUGCUGGGGAUGGACGUGUGACACCUCAGGCUCUAGCACAAGUGGCUGGUGCAAUUGCCUAGGAGCUCAUGCUUGAUCAAUAAACACCGUGAAACCCCUGUGCU